UCAAUUAAACUUUGAUAGAUUUGCCUGUUGCGGAAAAGAAAGUAUGGCCGUUUUAUUUAAAAUUUUGGCGCAAGGAGGGAAUAAAUUUGUGAAUCUUACUUUUACAUAUCUUCACACUAACCUUUACAAGUGGAGUAUAAAGCACCUUGAAACAUCAAAUGAUAUUACUAAAACUGUGAAAAAAAUUAAAUUUGAAAAAAUGUUUGGACCUCGAAUUUUAAGUGAAGAAGAAGAAAAUAUCAAUGUAAUCUACUACAAAGAAGAACAUUUUCAGCUUGUCAAUAAACACAAUCCAAAAAUUAAAUUUUCUGUUUAUAUUGAAGAAGAUGUGGAAACUGCUCGCGAGAUAAUUUAUGCUGAAAUUAAACGAAUUUAA